GAGCCGUGCCGAGUCAAGCCGAGCUGAGCCAACUCAGCCGAGCCCGGAUAGAGAGGUGGCUGUAUGAGCGUGGGUGAUAGUCCGACGGUUUGUUGUUGUUUUCUCGCUAAUAUCGACCAUGUUCGCCGUUUUCUACGUUUCCGUUCUCAUGUGGUGCUUCACGACCAGCGCAGUGGAAGCUGAGCUGGCUGCACCGCAGGAUUUGGACAUGAUCACCAUGAACACCCAGUACAUACUGAGCUGGAACUGGGACCAGAGCACUGCAGGGGGCCACCCUGUUACCUUCACUGCACAAUACCUUGCGAAGUUCAAGUUGAAAUGGAAGAAAAAGAGCUGGACCACAGUUUGUGACAGGACAUCACAGACAUGCUGUGACAUGACAGCCUUAAACCUACAUUACCAUGGCAUCUUCAUGUUUCGCGUACAAGCCAGCUCAGGCAGAAAUCACUCUGAGUGGGCCAUCAAGGAAUUCUGUCCCGAUAAAGAAGCUGCUCUGGGUCCUCCAUCCAAAGUGGUCCUGGCUCCAGCUGGAAACCACCUGGAUGUCACCAUCUCCGACCCUCUGACCAGCGCCAACACUUCCAUGAGGGAGAAUAUCCACCAAAUGUAUUACCGCAUUGUUUACUGGGAACACUCCACAGACACACAGGCCUUGAGAAAACAGACGGUGAACACAUCUGCCAAUCUGGUGACUCUGUCAGACCUGAAGGCUUGGACCUUCUACUGUGUGACGGUUCAGUCCCGCUAUGACUACUACAACAAGAGCAGCACCUUCACUCAUCCCGACUGCAUCCAGACCGAAGCAGGUCCCAUACCAUGGUGGCAGAUCCUUCUAUAUUUCCUGGUCUCUCUGAUGAUCUGUUUCUUGGUGGUGCUGCUUUCCCUGUACGGCUUCUACAGGUGCUACACGACCCUCAAGGCAACUUUCUUCCCGUCCAUCCAGCUGCCUCCACACAUCCAGGAGUAUCUUUGCAGCUCCCCUGGAUCUGAUGUACCUCGUCUCCUCACCCCGGAUUCAGAAGCCGAGGUGAUGUGCGAUAAGUUGAGCAUCUGUCCGGAGGUGGUGCACCCAGAAAUCCAUGGCCCUCCUCCCUCUGAGGACUUCCCUGUGUUGCUGGAGCCAGACACCAGCGGCAGACACAGCCGUCAGGACAGCGGAGGCAGUGGAGACUCAGGGGUUUACUCCAAUGAGGGGGGGUCCGGCCUGAGGCAACCCCCCAGCACUCAAUGCUCUGUGGGGAUGGAGGACUCCUGGCAGAGCCCCUCUGACCUCAUGCAGGUCAAGAUGAAGGACAUGGGCUCAGAGGUCAGAGGUCACCAUCUGAUCACAGACGAGGGCAUUAUGGACAUGUGCGUCUGAAGGCACGGCCGUUUAAAGGACAGGAAAGGACACGAAAGAUUCAGUGGGUCAAACUGCUAAAAUGAAAUCUAUUGAGACAGUGCUGAAGGAAAGAAGAAGUGAAAGAAGACAGAAAUUCCUGGAAAAUAGUCAGAACUUUUGUGGCACCCCAUGCGUCCUUGAGACUGUUUCUCCAGCUGCCACUGUGAUGAGGGAAGAAAACUGUUUAAAACAUGCAUUUAUAUAUACACAUAUAGACUUACAAAAAAAAAAAAAAAAACUCAAAAGUAGAUGUUCUGCCGUUCCUUAUGGUCUUGCUCCCUGUGUGCAACUGACAAGGGAAGAGGGUUUUUUGUUUGUUUGUUUUUUCAACAUUGAAACCCCAAAGUCACACCAUGUAAAUACUGAGGCAUCCUCCUUUCCAGAUGCCUUUUGAAGCUGCAACUCUGUGUGUGAUACACAUCAAGUAUCAGUUUUGGUGCCAUCAGAAAAAAGUGCAUUAUUUCUGAGUUGAUUGUGUUGUACAUCCCUCUUCCCAGCUCCCUUGUUGAUCUUGUUGCUCCCAGUGGGAAGGUACGAUGGUGGAUGUGUUAUGCUACUCUUCUACUGCAUGAUACUGGUUCUGCUGACUCUACUCACUUUUCCUUCUCUGGAUUUCAUUUUCCACUUCACAUAGCACCCCCUCACGGUGAAGUUCGGCCAGUCACUCUGAGCAGUUGUCUACUUUGUUUUUUCACAUCACGUUUUAGUAUCUGCUCAGCUCGCUUGAAACCUCAAUAGAGGUAGUACCAAAAAGUACCAGGUACCAGGUGCUAUCCCUAACUUUGCUCAAUGGAAAGCCAAAAAAAAGCAAGUAUAGUUGAGUCGAGCCGGUGUAAUUUUGUAGAAAAGGAGCAAUAAUGUGCCUUAGUUAGUCGUGGGACAUGGAAACAAUCUCAAACAACGAGAGCCUGCUAUCAUAAUGUAGACUGGCAAAUGUUGAUGAAAGCCCUUUGAACAAUUUAGCUGCUAUUAUCCAAAAGACGCUUAUAGAUACACACUAUCUUUGUUGCAUGUUGCUAAAAACAGUGCUGCCCUCCAAAGAAUGGGCUUAUCCAUUCUUGGUUUUCAUUCUUGGUCUUCUGGUCUUACAGUGUAUUGACAGAAGAGAGUGGAAAUCAUGGUGGAUCACAUCCUGGCAGGCUAACAGAAAUCUUAAAUAGAUUUUCAAAUGUAAUUCGCCACCAAUCUAAAAAAUGAAUUUUGUGUGGGAUAACAAUACAAAGAUGACAUUUUGUCCAGUCCAGUCACUUACAACAUGAACAUCAAUAGUUGUUUUUUGGUGUUUCUUAGAUCCAGGUCCAUAAUUAUCAAGCUUCUCAGAAUUAGCAUAACAAUGCUAAGAACUGGCUUAAGAAUAAAAACAAAUCUUGGCUUAAAAGUUAGUAAUCAAGCAUCUAAGUCCCAAGUUAAGCAAACUGUAGGACUAAAUCUGAAGAGUCAGUCCUAGAGCUGAUUUUCAGCAUUUUGCUGUGAUGCAAACAGGAUUAUUUGAUGCCGUAGUUGGAAAACCAAGGCAAGGACUGAUCACCACAUGCGAUACAAUUUGUUCUAAACACUGUUCACAUAGAUAUGUUAGUUUACACUGGGAGUGAUGAUCUUUAUGUGGGUGCCGUCAGUUGCACCUACUACUCCUGGGAAGCGACUAUUUGCAUGGUGUAUAGUUGGGAAGUCGCUGAAACUGUGACGCCCCAAAUCACCAGCGUUGCAUUGCUGCAUGUUUCCUGUGGUAUGGAAAUGAAGCAUCAUCACCACUUUCAGUUCAGAUGAAAAACAAUAGCGUUUGAUUAACUGCGUGUCGUCUAACAAUUCAGUUCACCUUUCCUGAAAAGUUGACACGUCUCUGCCUCCUCACUGUCAUUACAGGCCCCUAUUGGCAACUCCUAGCCACCAGUGAGACAGCUGUCUGAACUAACUGGAAGAGGUAGAGAGGAAGAAAUUAGAUAACUUCCCUUUUUACUUAAGUUUGAAAGUAGGAGUACAUUUCAGAAAUUCUCAGCACUUAAGACUAAAAUGCAACUUUGAGAAGCUUGAUAAAUAUGGGCCAUGUCAUGCCAGGAAGAGCACAUACCCAGCUGUUGUGUAGUUUCUGUUUUUCAGUCCCAUACUUCUCCAUAUGCACUGUGUAUCAACAGUGGAAGUGAAGGGAAGUAGUUUACUUAAAAAGAAAAUGCUGUUUUCUCCUUAGAUGUUUCUAGCGCAUAAACUGUACUUUAUGUGGCAGUGUUCAUCUCUGGCAGUGCAGGUCAUUGCCAAGCAAGGGCAAACCCUAUUACAUAAUGAAAUGUAAAAUUGUUCAUUGGCAUUAUGUAAAAAUUGACUUUGUGUCUGUACUUAAUUUUUUAAUUUUUCUUAAGGGAGUGAAAAAACAUCCACUUAAAACAGGGUAGUCUGGUUCAAACAGGGAUUCUUGUCAAUUUCCUUCAGUUCCACACAGGUACAUUUUCAAUUGUCUCUAUGGAAAACUAAAUGUUUUCACUUCUUGUGUGAGAGGCUGCGAAAGAAAGGAAUAAGGAUUUGUGUGCAUACAUGUCCACCGUUUUGUUUCUCUGAUUUAUGUCUCCUGUUUAAAGAAAAAGGAAUGGAAUAAUCAGUGAAGUUCAUUGUGAAUGAAUUCCAUGUUAAAAAAUAAUACUAUAUGGAAAACAAGUAUUUUCAGAUCCUUUUCCUCAUCGGAGUGUGUAUAUGAGCCUGUGUGAAUAUUAGCCUGAGGCUAAUGUGUUACAAUACAUUUUUAUAUGCAUUUUAUUUUUACAUAUACGAUUCUUAUAGAAUCUUAAACCAGAAACUGUGCACUUUUGAUUUUGCUGUAUUGGUUUGUUUGUUUUGUUUUUCCUUGUAUUCUGUUGACUGACAGGAACGGUGGUUGUGGUCCACCUUAAGUCCUAAAGAAGAACUGGAUCUCUCAUGUAAUUUUUGGAAACUUUACUGUACCUCUCUUCCUCUUUCAUGUUUGGUUUUAUGGUUUGAUAUGGAAACUUUAUUAGAAACAAACUCUCCCGUCUGUAUACUUACAGUCCUACACAACAUUUACUCAUUAAUAUUUACAUGUGAAGCAAUUUAACUAAUGCUCUUAUCAAGAGUCACACUCGUGAUAAGAGCAUUACUCCUCCCAUUUAACACAGUGAAGGAAAUCUGCUGACUGGUCAGAAUAGGGGAAACGGAGUGGGUUACCUCGGCUCUCUAUGCUUGUAUAGACCAUUAGACAACUAUCACUUUCAUCUGCUUUUUAACAGCUAGUGCAAAUAGCUAUUUUAUUGCUACAAGGCAAGAUGCCAUGGUAAAUGGGUGGCAUGUGGAGGCAGUCACUGACCCUAGCUGGGAUAGGAAUCAACAAAGUGAUCGGUUUCUUUAAAGCUCAAAACGGAUCACACUCAGGAUGGUAGAGCUUUGCGUUUGUUCAAAGUGAAACCCGUGCUGCUGGUAGCAGGAAAUGACGACUGAGCAUUCCUGUCUUCAGCUUGCAAAAAAACAGGGCCUCUAGAUUGCCAUCAACCUUGCCAAUUUCAGUGCCGUAAGCGAGAUCCUGUUUUCAUCAGAGUCCCUGCUAAAUUGCCCUUCUGCAUUGCCUCAACGUCUCGCCCAUUAUCUGUGGCCGUCAAAUCUGUUGAAACUGUAUAUGUGUAAGUGUAUAACUGUAUAUUAAGUAUGUGCACAAAUCAGUGGUUUUUGUCAGUAAUGUUUUCAUCAAACUACCAAAAUGUUGCUUCAGCAGUAACCAUUUUAAUGGACAAUCAUUCAAAUUAAAGAAAUAAUCUAAUGAAA